AUGAGUACUACAGAUCAAACUUCCACGGUUCCUGUCCCGGCAGAGCCGGCGUUGGACUACCACUUCAAGUACACGGUGCAGAAGGGCGUUUUCAUGCAGAGCGAAGAUGAGACUGAUGACAAGAGUUUUGAUUUCAAGACACAAAAGUUUGGUCUGAUCGAUCGUUCCUACCCGGGAGAAGAUGGCAGCGAAGAAAAGCAAUGGAAGCGUCUUGAGAAAUACGUGGCUAGUCUGGAAGCCACUAAGAAAGAUGGCGAGAGCUACAAAGUGCUCUUUCUGGGUCGUCAUGGUCAGGGUUGGCAUAACGUUGCAGAGACAAAGUAUGGGACGAAAGCUUGGGACUGCUACUAUGCCGCCCUCGACGGCUACGACGGCAUAACCUGGGCGGACGCAAACCUCACAACUGUAGGCCAAGACCAAGCUCUCGCCGUGAACAAGCUGUGGGCCGAACAACUGCCCCUCGGCAUCCCACCUCCACAAACUUACUACGUCUCACCCUUAACCCGUACAAUCGAAACAGCAAACCUGAGCUUCAAGUCCCUUCCACUUCCGUCAUCCCACCCCUACAAACCUUUCAUCAAAGAGCUCGUCCGCGAAGCCCUCGGCGUACACACAUGCGAUCGCCGCAGCACAGCCUCGCACAUCAAAGCUACCUUCACGGACCCACCUCUCACUUUUGAACCCGGAUUCUCAAACGAAGAUCUUCUCUGGGAGGCUGGAUACCGGGAACCGAGGUCCGCAAGACGGUACCGCCUAGCCACGUUCCUGGACGAUGUUUUCGCUUCCGAUGAGAAUGUGUGGUUGAGUUUUACUAGUCAUUCGGGAGCAAUUGGCAGUAUGCUGGAGGUGCUUGGACACAGGACGUUUGCGCUUGAGACUGGGGGUGUUAUACCGGUUUUUGUCAAGGCGGAGAGGGUGCAGGGGAAGAGGGAGGUUCCGCCUAAGGAACCUAGUGCUUCGCCGCCGUUGUGUGAUGGACCGCCUCAGUAA